CUAGUUCCAAAAACAUAAACAUUUAAUUUAUCCUGGCUUUGCUUGUUUUUUUCAAAGCGUAUUGGCUUGCAUCCACCAAACUGACUGCCGUAAUGCUAUCUGGGGCCUCAAGCAGCUGCUGAAAGUGUUCGCUCGCCAAGAUGCACAGCCACAGCAGUGCUAGCAAAGUCGUGGCCACCCUCCGCGCGGACGGAAAUGUGUAUCCGAUGGAGCACUCCAAAGCACACCUGAUGCACUAUGAGAUUCGCACAGAAGGAGAGGUACAGCAGAAAAAGGGCAACCAACUGAUGGCCGCCACAUGUGUGGACCUGGGGAAACAAUUGCUCCAGUGCGCCAGGGACAGCGAUGUGGCUGGCGUGAAGACGGCGCUGGCCCACGGAGCGCCGUUUGCCUCUGACUGGUUGGGCAUGUCGGCGCUGCACUUCGCUGCCAUGAACAAUCAGUUGGAAAUCUGCGAAAUUCUACUGCAGGGAGGCAUCAAUAUGGACGCCAAGACGAAGGUUGACCGGACGCCGCUUCAUCUGGCCUGUUACUAUGGCCACGAGCGGGUGGUCAGCUUACUGCUGGCGCUUAAGUGCAGUGUAAACUCCCGCGAUAUGCUCCGCAUGACGCCGCUUCACUGGGCCGUUGAGAAGGGGCACAAGAACAUUGUCCGGAUGCUGCUUAAGAGCCAGGCGGACGUUACGUGUGUAUCGAAAUUCGGCAAGACAGCGAUAGGUCUAGCCGUGUACACUGAGCAGGCGGAUGUGCUUGCGGAGUUAGAGAUGGCGCGGCAGGCACAGGCCUCUAAAAAGUUCAGCGACGAGACAGAGAAGGAAACCUGCGAUGCUGUCAACUCCAUAAUGGAUGACCCGGAAACCACAAAAACCCAUGACGACAGCGAAAUGUCUGUGGAGGAACGAAUGGACGUCCUGGAGACACUGCGCGGACAUUCAAAUGUGCUGGGAAAUUCGGCGCUAAACAUGCUCAAGACACACGGAAUCGCCGAUAUGAUGCAGGAAAACGAUGAUCAGGCCUCAAAGGAAAUGCUGAACACUGCCCUGCAGAACGGACGCCAACUCGUUCUCUCCGAAGGUGGGCGCAUGCUGCUCCACGAAACGAAGCCCGGCCUCAGCGGGAAGCGUGAAUACGUGAACGGCGGUGCCAGAAAGAUUCCGGGCGUGGCUCUGCGACCAAAUGUUAGUAACUCGCCCCCCCAGAAGAUUCGAAUGAAUGUCAUCAAGCAAAAAGAAUCGCCAUCGUCGAGUCCGUCGGGGGUUUCCAAAAACAAGAAUAUUCGCAUAAUCUCGUUGACUGAUUUUAAGAAGCUUUGCGGAACGGACAGUCAGGCAAAGUCACUCCAGAAAAUACCCGCAUCAAUGGCAAGCUCUGGAAUGGUACGUCAGCUUCCAGAUGGGACCAAGCUGCUCAAUAUGCGCCCACUGCAGUCUCGACAGCUGAAGCUUCCGUCCCUCCCGAAACCCAUAGAGCCUACGACCGCCUUAGAUGAGCCGCAGCACAGUAAUGAAGCCACUGUGCCUCCUACACUGCCAGUGAACAAUCCCGCGUCCGCGACUCUAAGGGGACAAGUUGGCACGGUGCAGACGAUACAGCUACGACCCUCGCUUACAAACGCGUCGGGACAGGGGCACACGAACAACGGAGUUGCAGCCGUUAAAACGGCCGGCGGAAACGCACUAAAAUUGCCGUCGACAAAGGCACCCAACGUGAUGCCGUUGUUGACGUCCUCGGAGAUUUGCCGGCAGCUGCAUGAGCUGCGGCGCCAGAACGAAGAUCUGCGCCGGCGAGUGGACUCUUUUCAACGGGAAAAGGAGGAGAUGCUGAGGCGCAUUGAUAGGCUGGAGCAGCUGGUGCUGAUUCGGGAUUCGGAGGCAGAAAUGGAGUACGCGGACGACCUGUAGCCGGAGCUAAGUUAUGUUUACUGUAAAUACACCUAGGACAAACUGUACGGGGCGCCAAUACCGACUGCGUUCGCACCUUUGGCCUGCACAUCGCUAAUGGGAACACAGUUCAAGAAUAGAUUAGGCUAGACGUUAAGCUAAAAAGUUAAUCAUUUACUGUUAAGUGCAUUUGUUAAGUUCAUAACAUUUUCUAACAACACCGUAUUAAUUUAAUUGUUAAACCUCAAAGUAACAUCAAAAAGUUGUAACAGUUAGCCGCGGUCGUGGAUAGUUAGUUUUUUAUCUUCAAACGCAUUUUAUGUAGACCAGAAAGGGUAUAAAGUGUGCCCUAUUUUAUAAGAAAAGCUAUAUUAAACUUUAAUUAAAAAUGCGGCCACUAAAAAGUGUAAAUUCGACAAAAUACUUAGGGUAAACAACAGUUUUCCCGCUUUGUAAACACAAAACAGCUGUUUUUGUCGCCCGGUCUGGCAACGCUCGACAUUUAUGUAUCGGCGUUGCCAUACUUCGCGUGGGCACAACCCAACAGCUGUUUGUCGCCCGGUCUGGCAACUCUCGAUAUUUAAUUUACCGGCGUUGCCAUACUUUGCA